GGCUUUUGGAGAUAAUGUCCUUUUAAAGCAAAAGCUUUCACGAAAGCAGGAAUUCUUCGCCUAUGACUUCCGGUUGGGUGUGAUCCCUCUUUCUGGCGGCGUUGUUGGGUGUUUCAAGUAGCAAAUACAAGUUAUAAUUAACGGAAAAUGUCGAAAUCACUGAAAAAAAUAGUGGAAGAAUGCAAGGAAAAGAACCAGCCAGACCUGGAUUUGUGUGACAGGGGAAUCUCUAAUAUGUUGGAUAUUUCAGGACUGUUUACUCUUUCCAACAUAACCCAAUUGGUGCUGAGUCAUAACAAGUUAACAAGUGUUCCAGCAAAUGUAGCUGAAUUGAGGAAUCUGGAGGUGCUGAAUGUUUUCAACAAUCAGAUCGAAGACCUUCCCACACAAAUCAGCAGCCUACAGAAGCUGAAACAUCUUAACCUUGGCAUGAACAGAUUAAAUUCUCUGCCAAGAGGGUUUGGAUCUCUGCCAGCACUGGAAGUGCUUGAUUUGACGUACAACAAUUUGAAUGAGAAUUCCCUUCCUGGCAACUUCUUCUACCUCACCACCUUGCGUGCACUCUAUCUAAGUGACAACGAUUUUGAAAUCCUGCCGCCAGAAAUUGCGAAGCUCACGAAGCUGCAGAUAAUCAGCCUAAGGGACAAUGACCUGGUAUCAUUGCCAAAAGAGAUUGGAGACUUGUCUCAGUUGAAGGAGCUUCAUAUUCAAGGAAAUCGACUAACUGUGCUUCCCCCUGAAAUGGGUAACUUGGAUCUUACUGGCCCAAAACAAGUAUUCAAGGCAGAGAACAAUCCUUGGGUUACUCCAAUUGCCGACCAAUUCCAACUUGGUGUAUCCCAUGUCUUUGAAUAUAUUCGUUCUGAAACCUACAAAUACCUUUAUGGUAGACACAUGCAAGCAAAUCCUGAACCUCCAAAGAAGAACAAUGACAAGUCUAAGAAGAUAAGCCGGAAGCCUGUGUCUGCCAAAAACAAAUGAAUCGAUUGAGUUGCUUCUUACAGAUGAAUUCUGCUUGCAUGUGCCUCAAUCUGUAUUUAUUACCUCAGCUAUCUUAACAUCUUGUGCUCAAAACCAUGUGUAAUCAUUCAUGUCUACUGUACUUUUUGUAGCUUAAUAUCCUAAGCUGACUGUAUUUGCCACUGAGUGUUAAUGUUCUUUACAUUAUUGUCACAAACCAUUUUUUGUAAAUUGGUGAACAUGCUUUGGGUAAAACGUACAAAUUAUGCCUUAUUCACAAAUGUUACACUAAACAAGUUAUUUAUGCUAAAAUAAAUGGAAACCAUUUGGUGUGACAUGUGCUUUCAAAAUUAGUCUAACACAUGUAGCCUACUAAAUUUUACUGUUCCUUUGAUUUUUAAAUAAAAAAUAUAUUUAUCUACAGCGUUUUUUUUGGCAUUGCAGAAAUCUGCUAUUUUCUAGAUAGAUGGUGCAUGCCAUGCCUUCCAAGUAGGAACGUGGAAAUUAUAACAGCUAUGGAAAUUUCAUGAAUCCCCGAUUAGAUGGGAAAACACAUUAGUUAUGUGUGAAUUUAAAAUUGUCAUCAGUUACAUUCAGAAUUCCAGCAAAACAACCUGUUUAGUUGUUGGGCCGGUCUUUAUUCUGUUUGCACUACUUGAAUCAUCUUUGAGUGUGUAUUCCAUAAUCCAAAAAACAUUUAAUAAAUUGAUUUACAUAAUCUGUUUUUACAGACAUAUCAGAAUUUUUGUGGUCACACUAUUUGUACUCCUAUUUGGCUCCAAAUUCUCAACGUUGACAUUAAUUAACAAUGAUCAAUUAGCUCAUUACUACAUUAUAAAAAGAGGUAUGAUCAUGAGCAGAAUUCCCUCUCUGUGACCAGUGUGUUUAAAUGUAUUCCAGAAAGAUGUAGAAUAAUUUGUUUUCCUCUUCCUGUCAGAAAUCAUAUGACCGAAAAUAUCAAAGUGAAUGUACAGCCAAGAUGAUGAUAAGUUACUUCCUCUCUCCCAUCAUCUUAUUCCAGCUUCUUCCCCCUUCCUUUCCAGUCAUGGUGAAGGGCCUCAACCUGAAACGUUGACUGUUUAUUCAUUUCCCUGGAUACUGCCUGACCUGCUGAGUUCAUCACGUGUUUUGUAUGUGGUAUUCUGGAUGUCACAGAAUGUCAUGUGUUUAUGCUGAGAAAGCAAAUGGAAUAACAUCUGAAUCACUCAGAAUUAAUGGGAGGAAGGUUGAUGCCAGUAAUGUGAGGAAAAUAAAAGCAGCCUAAAUCCAUCAUGUUGCGUUUGAAAAACAUGCAACUACCCCCUCACAGAAAAUGUGCUGCCAAUUAACUGCUUGACAGGAAAGAGGUGGGAAAAGCCAAAUCCAAUUUUUUGAAUGAAAAUCUGUCCUUUAUUUGAAAAUGCAAUUUUCAUUAAAAUUAUAUUGAGAAUUGUUGCUACUGAUGUUGAUGUUACUGCAAAUAAUUUUUUU